GACUAAGAACCCAGUCGAAGAUGAUAUAAUUACUUCAAGAUUGGUGUCAUUGGGAAGCCAUAUGAUGCUCUACUGCUAGGACUUGGUAGAACUAGUCUUCCAAAGUUACACUACUAGUUCGUGGCCUAGAAUCCCGCGUUAAUUUUGUUUGUAAUUUUACAAUACUCCGAUCAAACUCGUACCGGGAAAUAAGGGUUCCGAUUGCGGCAUACCGGUAGUUCAUCGAAAGCCAACGGCAGGUCGACUAGGUAUGGGAAAAGAGAACAGGACAACCGGAAUCGCACGACGAGGAUUGCAUUCAUCACAGGCGUUGGUAGACUGAGAUCGUCUUUGUCGUCGCCUUUUCCCUCUGAUUUUCUGAACGAUAGAAAAUGGCGAACCAGUUGAACCGUCACCGCGGUAACAAUUAUCGUGUCCAUCAGUUUCAGACAGAACAACACAAGCCAAGAAAUCGUGGUUCACUUCUGUUUCUCUUUUUCAUCCUGAUUACACUUGGGUUGUACUCCACGCUGUCAAUCGUUUACAUACAUCGCCUGACUCUGUAUUCAAGGCCAGAAAAUGCAAUCUCGGAGAAAACUACCCAUGAAGAUAGUUCUGUUGCUUCCUUGAAGAGGAAAGAAAAUGACGUUUCAAAGUCAAAGGGAGAGGGAGAGAAGAUCGAGUCGUCGUCUCAGAAGUUUUCCUUUAAAAGUCGCGAUCGCGAUCACGAUAAGGUACUCCGGUCCUUGCAGGAAUUGACGAGAAGCCCUCCUCCGGGAAGUAUAGUUUGUCCGUCUCCACAUAUGACCCCGAUCUACGACAGAAUUCUUUUUUCAACAUCGCCUAGAUCUGAGAACACCACGGCAGUCUCAUUGGGAGGAGCAGACCGAAAAAUACCGCGUAUUGUUCACUUUAGUUUCAACAACCGCUGUGUACCAAACGACCUGGCGACAUCCAUUAGACUCUGGAGUGAUGCUUUGCCGGAUCAUUCGAUAUUCUUUCACGACGACGAAGCAGUGAAACGUUUGAUGGAGGGAGACGACCGCAGCAACCAAUCGCCACUAUGGCAUUCUUCAGAACACUUUCCAAACCUGCGUGAUAGAAUGCCAUGCGUCACGUCCACUGGGGCGAUGCUCAUUGAUGUAUGGAGGAUGCUUGUUGUAUGGACUUAUGGUGGUAUAUACACAGACAUAGACAAUUGGCCAGGUCCAAAAUUCAACUCUCAAACCAUUCGAGAAGAAGAUUCUUUUUUCUCUCUCUCGGAUGGCAAAAAUCGUUGUUCGCAGUGGCUGUUUGGGAUGGCACCUCAACACCCGAUUGCAAUAUUCACUCUCCAGGAUCUAACCCGACGCCUUGUGCUAAUCAAAAACGUCGCUCGACCGAGGGUGGUCCGCAUUACUGGUCCAAUGACGUUGAAAACAGCCUUUCAAAAGUUUAAGCAACUUUUGAAAGAGAAUGCAACGAUAUUUGGAGAGUCGUCCUAUUUUACUCAAAUCCAAAAAGUCGAUCUCGCAACAUCUGAUCAAUACGCGAGAGGAAGCCUUGGUGGCACCUUUGACGAAAUCGUAGAUCACUAUUACGAUGAGAUUCACAACACUACCUACAUAAAUAUAACAAAGAGGGAGAGAGCUGAGUUAAUAAGCGGCAUUGAACAUUGGACAAAGCAAGUGAACAGAACAAGCAAAGUUUCAGCGAACAAGACCGAGGGUGAAAGUUUGAACACAGUCGACAAAAAUCUUCCUCUUCCCCCUUAUGCUGGUGUUUCAUGCUCGGAUUAUUUGGAUGCCCUCAAUAAGUAAGAUCGACGUGGAGUGUAUAAGCAGAACAAAACGGAAGGCAAAAUUAGUGACUUACCAAUGGGAUUUCUAGUUUUCUUUCGUUUCAUGUGUGAAGUGUCGAUUCCAAUUUUUUUAGCAAAUACGACCAUAGGUCAGAUCAGGGAUCACAUAGAUUAUCCUGUAACAACCAAGACAACUAAGCGUUCAAUAGUUAUAGAGGUAUUGUAAUGAGUUUUGAAAUGGAUGCGUUUGGUCUAAUUUCCAAUUCUCAUCCUAUGAAUACUAGAUCAAAAAAUGAUCCUCGGUCCGGUUGACCUGCUCGUUGUACCUUACCCUUGUUGUUCCCGCAAAUUUGCAGUAGUAGCCUUUGUGGUAAAUUAAGAAUAAUGUUUCUAGUUGGAAAGUUACUCUUUUUGAGUGGACCUAUUUGAAAGAGGAGGAGCCAUGAUACUCUCUCACCUCAACCGUUGCUAUUUUGCGCUUUCCACUAUAAUUACAAAAGGGACCAUGUAUUUUGGUAUGGCGAGGGGUCAUGUGCAAUGUCACCACUCUUCACGAAAACCAGCCCAUGUUGAAAUAUCCAGCACCAACCACCCCCUCAUCUUCGAAUUCUUUAUUUUGAAUCUCUUUGGCAUUCUUGAGAACACCAGUGAUCGCCGCUGAUCCGUAAGGACCCGGUUGGUAUACGGUUGCAAGUCCCGUUCCUUCUCGGUGACUCACUAUCAACUUACGGGAUUCUCUAUUUGACCUCUUACUGAGAAUUUUACCAAGCUCUCUUCCGCACAUUUUGUCUGUUGGGAUUUCAUCGAUCUGGACAAUGAUGUCACCCAAAAAUAGAUCACCGCUAAUGAUUAUCGCUCUCCGUCCACGGUGAGAUGUACCCCUCAUUGGUCCUAUGAAACUCUGGUUAGAUUCUUUUGGGCAUCUUACAAUCAUAGGUCCUCGUUUUGUUGAUUGUAUCGUGUAACCUAACUUUCCAGGACCAAUCAGUACUUCCCGAACUUCACUUUGAUCGACGCCAAGCGAUGCCCACCAAGACGAAGUAUUUGUAACAGGACCAUUUUCGUAAUUUCUUUCUAGAGAUCUUUUUGACGAUGCUGAAUUGGAGCCAUCAUCUUCGACACUCAACGAGCUUGUGUUUCUCGUAAGCGUAUCCACCAGAACUACCACGGAGAGACACCGCAAGGUGAGGCAAUUUCACAGGUUGGUUGUCCGCACAGUUCUCGGACCAAUAAGAAAAGCAAUAUAUCAGUGCAACUUACGGGUUCUAUUUGUGUUCCUAUGGCUGUCGUUUCCAUCAAGUGAACUUGUUUUCAUGAAAUUAAAUACAUUCCACCGAGGUUCCUCGUCUUGGUCUUCGUAAUCUUCGUCUUCUUCCACAGGCUCUGUUGCCCCGUUCUUGAUCAUGACGCGAUAUGAAAUGUAUUCCCAAUCUGACAAAAAGAGAGUUAUGGAAUUGAAUGCACCCGAAGUCAUGUAUCCAAUCACAACCGAAGCUGCCAGAGACGGCAAUUCCCAACCUAACCGAUAGGUCGAAAGAGCAGCGCAUGGAAUUGUUAUCAGCAAGCUACCAAUGCAACCAUGAAAGGUUGCAACGGAAUAUCUUCCCUGGGCACCCACCAAUGUCCAGGCGAGCGAUCCUAUGGUCAAAGUUAGGUUCCCUAUCGCACAGUAAGGCAAGACAUUCGCAACCAAACCAUGGAGUUCACCAUCGUCAGUGAACCACGAAGGAAUAUAGGGGAGCCCAACCAAGAAUAAGAUACUCAUGAUAGAAGCGAAAGCAUUUCCUAGAAAUAAACAUUUGUAGGCACU